AUGAAAUCAAUCAUCACGGUGACCUGUUUCGACGGGAAAAAUAAUAGAUCGAACAACGAAGCCAGUAGUGUAUACAUGGAGGCUAACAUAAUGUUUGACACGUCUUCUGACGGACCUUUAGUGAUUGUUCUUGAUAAUGACGAUGAUGAAGAUUUGGAUCUGAUGUUGACACCACAAAGCGAACAAAUGAAUGUUCCACAUGAGACUUCGACGAGCGAAUGCGUAAAAACCAAAUCAGAAUUAUCCAUCAAAUGCUCUGCGGCAAAGCUGCACUAUUUAAAGUGCCUUGAUAGAUCGAAAGAGAAAAUCGCCAAGGCAAAAAGCAUCAGACGACAACGGCGACGCGCUGAAGCGAAAUUAAGAAAGAAAAACACGAUUGAAGCUCAGGGUGGCAAUUGUGCUUAUGAAUUCGAUUGUACAACUGACUUAAUUUUAUCGUAUGUUUCAUUCGCGAACAUUCCCAAUCUAUUGACUAUCUCUCGUAUCGGCUGUACAUACUAUUGCGUAGAGGAUCUUUAUCUGAAAGUUUUUUCCAGUUUGUGUAUAUUAGCAGAAUUUACCGAUUUACUGGUUAAACCUGGCAUAUGUCAUCUUAUCCCGAUGACGUUAUCAGAAAAGAUAUCUAUCGAACGACUUUGCUCAAAAUUAAAAGAGUUCAACCAUACUCGUUAUCGGCUGAUAACCAUCAAUUCAACAGAUUAUUUAGAUAAAUUGAGAGAAUUGUUAUCGACAGAGAAGAAACACGACAGUAUAGAUCAACUGAUUGCCGAGAUGCGAGAUUUCAAGAGUUCAGCAACGGCAAUUCAAAAAGAUACACCACCGUCCUGUACAAAACUUCAGCCAGUCAAUGAUACAGUCAAAAGCCACGAACAAUCGAAGGAUGGCAUCGAAAACCAAGGCUGUAAUGAAAUACAACAUGAAAAGAGUUCUCCAAAAUGUGAUGAUUCAUUUCAAACUCUUUUCUGUGCAACGGAUGAAGAAGUGUCAACUAAAACUGUCUCGAACGUCGUUCUCGGAACUAUUUCAAUGUAUACCGAAAUCACACGAAAGAUGAGUGACAACAAAGGAUGUUCACCAAAACGAUCCCAGAAUCUUGUUUCAUCAAAAUAUUCACUUAGCCAACAAGAACAGCUUUCACCUCCACAUAUUGAAAAUAUUACAUUUAAAGAACAUAGUUCUGAUCUCUCCAUUCCCAAACAAACGCAAGUCUCCGCUCAUAGAUAUAUUUCUUCGAAGGAGCAAUCAGUCACAACUCAAACUAACGAUAUCGCCCUACUACAAAAUCAAUCAGUGACGAUUGCUAAGACACCAAUGAAUACAAAUUAUGACAAUGACUCAAUGCCAAUGAUUGUUAGUGUAGAAGAGAACAUCGAUACGAAAAAAAAUAACGGAUUUGACACAACUCCUAUUCUGUUUCAAAAUGAAUUACUAUCCGAGUCAAUAUAUCAUUCUGAUUCACAUAUCGUACGCUCGACGUCUCAAUCACAAAGUCGUUUAUCCUCAUAUGAAACUUCUACAUAUUGUAAUACUCCACAGAAUUCGCCACUUGCUCGAAAAUUUUAUUACCAAGAUUUUGCUCCAUCUAGUCAACCACCUGUACAUUGUUCAUCUUCCUGCACUUGCCAGAGAACAAAUAAACGCUCGUCUCUCUCAGAGAAAGUACCAUUGAAGUCACCAUCGUUCAUGUUCUUUUCUCCUAAUGAAACCGCACCAUCUCGACAACAUCCCAUCAUGGCAUGUUCAGACCACGAAUCUAUCAAGAUAAUUAGUUCUUCGAAACAGUCUACACUACCCUCCCAUCGAAAACAACAACAACAAUGUCGAAUUCAAUCCAAUCCAUAUCCACCCGGGAAUACAAUCUUUGCUCCACUUUCGGCAACCUGUCGUAAAUCCCAUCGAAGUCAUCCAAUUCCUAUUCAUUAUCCUUCAACAAUGAUGACUCCGCCAAAUACUCCAAACGAUCCAUCAUUGUUCACGAAGCCAGCUAGUGGUAUCACUCUCACUGAAGCAUUUGUUCAACAUGGCUACUGUAACACGGAUGAAUUACCUAAGCUAGUCGUCCGAUAUGAGAAAAUCUAUUCAGAUCAAGCAUUAACCAUCAUGGGUCAACUGUUUCCAACAUGGUUCAAUCAACCUGACUAUCGCUGUGUCCACUGCUUUACGUGCGAUCAAGUUUUCACACCCCAACUAUUCAUGACACACAUCGAUGAUGAACAGCUAGUGAAUAAACAGCCGAUAGACAUAACUGCUAUGCAAUUGUUGCCAUCCGAAAAAGCAUCAAAACGCAAAAUCGACCUAUGGAACCAAUUUUGCUUGAGCCUAAACCUUUUCUCCAAAACUGGUCAAAUCAAUGGUUUCUAUACAAUAUGA